AAGCUGCUUUCAUUCAAAGAUGCAUUUGAGAGCAUUUUCAUGGAAGUAGCUCCCCAAGCUCUUUACCAAAUUAAAAGCACCAACCUCUACGACCUCCUGUUACCAAAAGUUUACCCAAAAUCUCCUCCAUACAUCAGAUUGCAGCUCCCUGCCUCCGCAUGGCCAUUCUCACCACCACCACCACUAUCGGGCUUCUCACCAAAGGGUGAAUGAUCUAAUAAGGCCUUCUCAAUACAUGUGGACUUGCCGCUGACUUUGAAAAUCGGGAAGAAGUUAUUUUAUUGAAUUGAGUUUAAGGUUUGAAAUGCGAAGCAAUGUUUUUCAAUUUUGAACCUGUGGGUAUCAUUUCCUAACCAGUACAACCCCUAUAAAGAGAAAAGCUAAAAAAAAGGCGCAGCAAAUAUAAAUAGGAGGGAAGACCAGCAACAAUGGCCGACGUUGUCGUUAAUGUUCUCUUACAGCAAUUACCGCUACUAAUAGAAGGAGCAACGUUCCCAUCUGGAGUGGAAAAUGAAGUCAAGUCAUUUCAAAGGGAGCUCCAGAAGAUAAAUAUCUUCCUCGAGGACUCCGAAGGGAAAGGCAACGAGCAUAAAAAGGUUAAGGCAUUAAUUAGGCAAAUCACGGAAGUUGCUUACGAGGCUGAGGAUGUUAUCGACACAUUCAACCUCAAAGUCGAAGAACAAAGGAAGAGGAAUUUCGCGGGAAAGAUAAUCAAUAGCAUUGCGCACGCAAUAAUGCUUCACAAUGUUGCAAAGAAGAUAGAAUGCCUCAACAAAGAGAUCAACAAAAUCUACGAUGAUAUAGAAAAGUACGGCAUUGAAAGAACUGAAGCAAGGGUAGACGCAGAAGCGGAGAAGGCACUGCACAAACGUAGGAGAUGCGUUGAGGAAGAUGACGUGGUUGGCUUUCUUCAUGACUCUGAUACAUUGGUGAAUCAGCUUAUUUAUGGAACCCAGAAUUCAAAGCUUGAUGUCAUUUCAAUCAUUGGCAUGGGUGGGUUGGGAAAAACUACUCUUGCCAAAAAAAUCUACAAUAAUGAUCGCGUCAAGAGCCACUUUCAUUGCCUUGUAUGGGUGUAUGUAUCUGAAGAUUUCAAAAUCAGAGAGUUAUUGAUUGAAAUUUUAAAAUCUCAGGUGCCAAUAUCAGAUGAGUUGACAACGAAACUCAAAGGGAUGAGUGACGAAGAGGCAAAAGAGUUCCUAGUAGAACAGUUGCUCAAAAGCUUGCAAGGGAAGAGGUACCUAGUAGUCAUGGACGACAUCUGGAAACCCCAAGUCUGGAAUGAGGUAAAAGAUGCUUUUCCUGAUAACUCCAAUGGAAGCCGAAUAUUAAUCACUAGCCGCAUAAAAGAAGUGGCCUUACAUGCAAGUCGUACUCCUCCUUACUUUCUCCAAUUUCUUAACAAAGAUGAAAGCUGGGAACUCUUUUGUAAAAAAGUAUUUCGAGGAGGAGAUUGUCCUCCUGAGCUAGAAAUUAUGGGGAAUCAAAUUGCAGAAGGUUGCCAUGGGUUGCCACUUUCAAUUGUCGUAUUGGGGGGUCUUUUAGCAAACAAAGAGAAGACACAUCGAACAUGGUCGAGAGUGAUUGCCGAUGUAAAUUGGUAUCUUACUGAAUGCAAAGACAUUCUAGCCUUAAGCUACACCUACCUACCACGACGCUUGAAACCAUGCUUCUUGUAUAUUGGUGCAUUCCCAGAAGAUUUUGAAAUCCCUGUAAAGGAACUGAUCAAACUAUGGAUAGCUGAGGGAUUCAUACAGCAGACUGGCAGACGAAACAUUGAAGAUGUUGCUGAUGACUACUUAGAGGAGCUUAUUGAUCGAAAUUUGAUCCAAGUGGCUACUAGGAGGUCAGAUGAAGGAGCGAAGACAUGUCGUAUUCAUGAUCUUCUGCGAGACCUAUGCAUAACCAAGAGCGCGGAAGAAAAGUUUCUUUAUGUACAUAGAGAUGAUAACUCAUCCUGGAACACCUCUCGCAGACUUUCCAUCCAGAGUAGAAUUCUUCAUCAAUUCAUUUCUUCAAACAAUUCUGGCACUUCAAACGCUCGUUCUUUUUUGUCCAUUGGGCGUGGGUUGGAGUUUGAGAAAAUCUACUGGAAGUGGGUCCACAACAACUUGAAAAUGCUUCGUGUGCUUCAUUUGGACCCAGCUAUCUUAUUCGUUCCAAAAGAGAUUGGAACAUUGAUCCAUUUGAGGUACUUGAAUAUAUUAUGUCAGCAUAUUCCAGUUUCUAUUGGCAACCUGGAGAAUCUAGAAACACUUACCAUAAACAACAUGUUUGAUGAGGGUAGCGUACUCUUGCCAGACUCGAUAAUAAAGUUGACGCGUUUAAGGAACUUGCAGGGGUAUGUGGGUUUACCUGAUAAUUUCCCCUUGGUCACAGCUUGGUCGAGCCUCCAAGUCCUUUCCAAUAUUCAAAUUGACUCACAAAUUUUGCAUUUCAUUGUCGAGGGCAAGCUUCCUAAUUUAAGGAAAUUAGGGCUAGAAUGGGAUAGGGGAAGCGGAGACAUUAAAGUUACUUUCCCAAGCGCCCAGCACUUGAGUCAUAUCCAAAAAUUGAGCAUUUCAGGUAUGGAGAACAUGGUUAAGCUGCUUCCUGAUUCAAUUCCAGAGACAAUCACCAAGAUAAGCUUAGACUGUGUGCCUUUAGAUAACAGUAGCAUGGAAGUGUUGGGGAAACUUCCCAAACUUUUAAAACUAAAACUACAUUUCUGCCUUCCUUCUGGAGAUCUUCACUUCCAUGCACGUUCGUUUCCUCAACUCCAAUUCCUAGAAUUGGGGGGCAGGAACUUUGGAAACUGGAUACAGGAUGAAGGUGCAAUGGCAAGCCUAAGGCAUUUGGUUAUCACGCACUGCGAUAUAAUUACCAUCCACUCUUCUUACUUACAGAAAUCAACUGCCUUGCGAGAGGUGGAGGUCUUAAUUUGCAACUCUUCUGUGAAAAAUAUGUUUGAGAGAUUGCAGAUGGAGCUUGGUUUUAAGCUACAUAUUCGUUUUUAGGAAAAUUUGAUUGACAUAAAAAUUGUGUUAAUUAUGAGAUUCAGGCAUGGAGUAGCUAGUUACACACAAUUUCGAGGGGAUGGAUGGUCAUUGUCCCCAUUGGUUUUGCGUUUUGUUAUCUUGGAUUAAAUGAUUUGUA